CCAGCGCGCACUCCCGGAAGCGUCGCCGACCCCGCCCUUCUGCCCCGGAGAGGCGUUGCCAUUGCUACCGCCGCCCCUGCCGCGUCCCCGUUGUCGCCGCGGUCAUGCCGAAGCACGAGUUCUCCGUGGACAUGACCUGCGAAGGCUGCGCGGACGCUGUGUCCCGCGUCCUCAACAAGCUGGGAGGAGUUCAGUUCAGCGUCGACCUGCCCAGCAAGAAGGUCUGCAUCGACUCUGAGCACAGCGUGGACACCCUGCUGGCGACCCUGAAUAAGACGGGCAAGACCGUUUCCUACGUGGGCCCCAAGUAGCCCCUGGGGACGGGCUGACGCUUACGGCGGGCUGGCUUCCACACAGACCUGGGACCCGGCCUGCCGCUCGGCGCUGGAGCCUGCCUCUUCCCAGCGUCCCUGCAAUGACGUCGAGCUGCCUUUGUUGGAGAAGUUGUCCUUGCGUGGCCCGGCGCUGCCUGCCCCCUGAUGCUGCGCCUCUUACAUCGGAGCUUCCCACUCGGGGCAGGCGGCCUGCAGAUUAGGUCUUGGCCGUAUGAUCCCCCUGGGCAGCACUUUCCCUCAUUAAAAGCCAAGCUGUUGGGCCCGA